GUGAGAUUCCUCAGAGGGCAGUCCGUUUGAAACGAGGCGACAGUAGGAACUAAAAGCUGAUAUUUUCCAGUCCUGAACCGACAACGGUCCUCUAAAAACAACUUCAGUCUUAGCAGUAGCAGUAGCAGCCAGUCUUCUCGUGGUUUGGUUUUCUCACUACCUAGAAGCCAUGGCAGAUGAAGCGGACAUGCGCAAUGAGCUGGAAAACCUGCAGGCGAAGGCAGAUCAGAUAGCCGAUGAGUCACUGGAGAGCACUCGGCGUAUGCUGGCCAUGGUGGAGGAGAGUAAAGAUGCUGGUAUCAGGACUUUGGUUAUGCUGGAUGAGCAGGGAGAGCAACUGGAGCGGAUCGAGGAGGGGAUGGACCAGAUCAAUAAGGACAUGAAGGAUGCAGAAAAGAAUUUGAACAAUCUAGGGUCUCUCUGUGGUCUUUGUUCGUGUCCCUGUAACAAGAUAAAGGGGGGAGGGCAGGCAUGGGGGGCCAACCAGGAUGGAGUGGUUAACAGUCAGCCAGGGGCCCGUGUGGUGGACGAACGUGAACAGAUGGCCAUCAGUGGAGGGUUCAUCCGCAGGGUAACUGAAGACGCCCGGGAGAAUGAGAUGGAUGAGAACCUGGAGCAGGUGGGCGGGAUCAUCGGUAACCUGCGUCACAUGGCCCUGGACAUGGGCAACGAGAUAGACACCCAGAACCGGCAGAUCGACAGGAUCAUGGACAAGGCUGAUUCCAACAAGACCAGGAUUGACGAGGCCAACCAGCGUGCCACAAAGAUGUUGGGCUAAGCUGCAGCGACAACAAGCUUUCAACCCCCCCCGAAACAUGCUUUUAUCAUGGCACUUUCUCAGACCCGCCCCCUCCUCCUUCUCUUCUUCCUGUUGUAAAAUGUUGUUCUGUUGUCUUCUAUCUUUGGCUUUUAUUAAAAUGAUAGUCCUGGUUAGUCAUCUCGUCCUCUACCCCCCUCCCCCAUUCUGUCUGUUCCUAAAGUUGUUUCUCUACCCUCCAUUCUGUCUCUCCUAGUUGUUCCUCUACCCUCCAUUCUGUCUCUCCUAGUUGUUCCUCUACCCCAUUCUCUCUCCUCCUAGUUGUUCCUCUACCCUCCAUUCUGUCUCUCCUAGUUGUUCCUCUACCCAAUUUUCUCUCCUCCUAGUUGUUCCUCUACCCUCCAUUAUGCCUCCUCCUAGUUGUUCCUCUACCCUCCAUUAUGCCUCUCCUCCUAGUUGUUCCUCUACCCUCCAUUAUGCCUCUCCUCCUAGUUGUUCCUCUACCCUCCAUUCUGUCUCCCUUCCUAGUUGUUCCUCUACCCUCCAUUGUCUCUCCUAGUUGUUCCUCUACCCUCCAUUCUCUCUCCUCCUAGUUGUUCCUCUACCCUCCAUUCUCUCUCUUCCUAGUUGUUCCUCUACCCUCCAUUGUCUCUCCUAGUUGUUCCUCUACCCUCCAUUCUGUCUCUCUUCCUAGUUGUUCAUCUACUUCCCAUUCUGUCUCUCUUCCUAGUUGUUCGUCUACUUCCCAUUCUGUCUCUCUUCCUAGUUGUUCGUCUACUUCCCAUUCUGUCU